UUACAUCCCUAAUUUAUAGUAAAUACCGAACAACAGCACAGAUUUGGCACUCAUGAACUCUGACAUGUUUUCUCAGAGCAACUUACUGCUGGAACUGUUGAAUUCGGUGUGUGUGAUCGUGGGGCUGGUGUUCUUCAGUUUGGCCCUGUUGACCUUUGCCCUUUGUCAGUGGAGUCCUGGAGUGAAUAAUGUGGCUCGAAUCAACAUCUGCAUCAGUCUUCUGCAGGCUCACCUUCUGUUCCUGCUCAGAGGGAAGUUUCUGAGCCUCAUACGUCGUCAGCAGGUGUUGUGUGCCGUGAUCGCAGGCCUUCUGCACUUCCUCUUUCUCUCCGCCUUUGUGUGGAUGUUCAUUGAAGGUGUGCUGCUCUUCAUCUGUGUGAAGAACCUAUCACAGAUCAGCUCCAAAAAGAGGGAGGUGCUUAACAGUGGAUUCCCUGGUGUGAUUGGAUAUGUGGUUGCUCUGGUUGUGGUGUGUGUGUCUGUCGGUCUGGUUCCUGAAGGAUACGGCAGUGAACAUUGCUGGAUUAAACAUGAUAAAGGUUUUAUCUGGAGUUUUCUGGGUCCUGUGUGUGUCAUACUAGCAUUAAACAUGAUUCUCUUCAUCAAGAUUGUUAUCACUCUGAACUCAACUCUCAAAAAACUGAAUGCUGAGGUUUCACAGAUGAAACAAUCCAAGGUUUUGGUGUUUAAAACACUGGCUCAGUGUGUGGUUCUUGGUUGCUCCUGGAUUCUGGGUUUCUUCACUAAUGGCAGUAUGGUGCUGGAGAUCCUCUUCCUGAUCUUGAACUCCCAGCAGGGAACCUUCAUCUUCCUGAUCUACUGUGUUCUCAAUAAUGAGGUCAGGCAGCAGUACAGGAAGUUCUUCAGAUGUCUUUGCUGUGGACGCAAAAAAACGCUCUGAGGACUACAGCAUCAUGUUCAGGAAAUAAAAGUACUGCCUGAAGUGCCAUUAAUAUGCAGGUGAUGCAAUUCUUAUAGUAAAAUCAAUGUUUUAGAUGUUAACUGUAGUUUCAGCUCCUUUCUGUAAAGACUUUUGAUAUUACAGUU